CUCUCUCUCUGUGCGUGAGCGGGUGUUACUGAACAUGCAGUGAUUGUUAGUAAGAGCCAGUGAGGCAUCUGUAUUAUACCGGAGACUGGUUUGAGGAGAGCUUUGCUUGGUCCACAUACAGAUACAAGUCAUAUUAGGUCAGGUCACUUGAAGACAGAAGUCGUCUCUCUGAGUGAGAAAUGGACUGCCACAAUGAGGAAUGCAGCCGGCCUCAGGAGGAGGAGGACAUCAUGGACAUCCCGCUGGAUGACCCUGAGGCCAACCGGGCUGCCGCCAAGAUCCAGGCUGGCUUCCGUGGCCACAUGACUCGUAAGAAGAUGAAACCAGAGGACAAAACAGAAGGGGAGGAGAGACAGGAAGAUCGGGGCCAGUAGAGAGAGAUGACACAUCUGUGCCACAACAGUCCCGACCUGGAUGAAGAGAAAGAGAGGAAGCACAGUAGUGAGAGAUGGCUGGCGUAAGCCAGCUAGGAUGGCUUUCAGGCACACCUUUUAAACCCAGGAGUCUUUUUUUUUUUUUCCUUUUCUCAACACAAAUUAGCAGUAGAAAACGAACAGUUUUGAGGGUGUGUUAUGUGAAUUUCGUGAACUUUUAACACUCCUUCCCUGCUUCUUCAGCAGCAUCAUCAGUACGGAUGUCUUUGACCCAGAAUUUGCAACUCACUGCAUGUACUUGUGAAACUUCUGGUAGUGUGCUAGUUUUUAGAUGAUGAUCUGUGAAUGUGUAAAUGAAUGUCCUCUCAAUGCUAAACAGGGCUUUUUCUGGAUGGAUCAAAUCACACCGUCUGUGUAAAGAACUUGUACGCAUCCUGUUUUUGUGAUUAGUGGCUUAAAUUAUUUGUUAUUUUGCAUUGUUUCCUGAUGUGAUUGUAUCAUGACUAUUAUUUAUCUAUUUGACUUGCCUAUAAAACAAUUAAAACAUCAAAAACAUGAAAAGAAAAGUAGCUACUUACGUUCUGAUUAUUUAUCGCUGUGUUUGGGCUCACAUAACUAUGCUCUCUUUUCACAUCUUCAGACAUUUUCUAUAAAUCUGAUCUUCCAGAACAGUAAGCAUGCAGUAAUUCUACUUUUGGUUUCCCUCCAAAUGCAUUUUGGUGCAGCUUUAUCUUAUAAGACACUGGUUCAGUAUUCUCGGUUGUUGUAAUCGUAGGUUUUACUCGUUUGACUUGUUAAAUCAGGUGUGUAGAUUUCCAAUGUCAGAUUUUGCAGAGCCUUUAUGCUUAUAAAGUAACUGGGUAGUACCUCGCUGAACUUUGGUGUAGAGUCUUGACAUUACAAUAAAUCCACCUUAAAUGCACAGUGA